CUGCAGAUAGAGCUCUGGGAACAGCCACGCACAGUUCCGGGGCUGUCAAAAAUAAAAAAGUAAAACCAUGGCUUCUCAUGCUAGCAGGUACUGCCGCCUGUUAGACAGACAUUGGACUGUAACACCUUUUAGAAAACUCUUCGUACAACGUUCAAAUGGGAACAGUCAGCGACCGUAUUCCAGUGCGACGUACAAGGAAAAUCAACUUGAACUUGGCCACCCGACUUUAGCUUCUACUAACUUCGCUGCGUCUACGAAAACCAGGUCAAAACAGGAAAGGCUAAAAGAUCACAGCCUACCCUUUUCAGCAUUCUUGACUGACAACUUUGGUCGGAGGCACAGCUACCUGCGGAUAUCCCUGACUGAGAAGUGCAACCUGCGCUGUCAGUACUGUAUGCCAGAGGAGGGGGUGAAGCUUACACCACGGGGUCAGCUGUUGUCCACCUCAGAAAUACUGACCUUAGCCCGCCUCUUUGUCCAGGAAGGAGUAGAUAAAAUUCGCCUGACUGGAGGAGAGCCCCUCAUCAGACCUGAUGUGCUGGAUAUCAUCGCUGAACUGAGGAAGCUGGAGGGUCUAAAGACUAUUGCUGUCACAACCAAUGGCAUAAACCUGGCCAGGCUUCUGCCUAAACUGAAAGAUGCUGGUCUUGACCUGAUAAACAUUAGCCUGGAUUCACUGGUCCCAGCGAAAUUUGAGUUCAUUGUCAGACGGAAAGGAUUCCAUAAGGUCAUGGAGGGCAUCGAUAAGGCUGUUGAAAUGGGCUACAACCCUGUCAAGGUCAACUGUGUUGUCAUGCGAGGUCUGAAUGAGGAUGAACUGCUAGACUUUGUGGCACUGACAGAAAAGAAGCCUCUGGAGGUGCGCUUCAUUGAAUACAUGCCCUUUGAUGGAAACAAAUGGAACUUUAAGAAAAUGGUGAGCUACCAGGAAAUGCUGGACCGUAUAAGGCAGCAUUGGUCCAACGUGGAAAGGCUUCAAACAGGACAAACAGACACAGCAAAGAUAUUUCAAGUACCAGGCUUUAAAGGGCAGGUGGGCUUCAUCACCUCCAUGUCGGACCAUUUCUGUGGCUCAUGCAACCGCCUGCGCAUCACUGCAGAUGGCAGCCUCAAGGUGUGUUUGUUUGGUAACUCGGAGGUGUCCCUCAGGGAUGUCCUUCGCUCUGGGGCGUCUGAUGAAGAGCUACUGCAAAUCAUUGGAGCGGCUGUUGGCAGGAAGAAAAAGCAACACGCAGGCAUGUUCAGCAUCUCCCAAAUGAAGAACAGGCCUAUGAUCCUCAUUGACAUCAAACCCAAAAGACCAUGGUCCCUGCCCGGGUUACAAGACAGGCUGAGGGCUUUCCCCAUUGGUACCCAGCCCACAGACGACACAUUCCUCUCUCAAAAAGAUCGUUGCAUGAGCCUAUUAGAAGACAGGAGGGUCCUCAACAGUGAGGGUGUUUUGUGCCUUCCACUCUGCAGCCCUGUAACAAAGGUAGUCCAUGUUUGCUGCCCAAAUGUAUUGAGUGGGGAUAUCCAUCUUCAGUCACAUAUUGGCAGUGAAAAUCCUACUGAGACGGACCACCUCCACUCCACAGCAUCACUUCACUCCUCUGCUGUCAAUGAUGGUCUGAUUCGUCACUCUUUCCACACUAAGACUGCAAGUGAUAAUACGCGCACAAAUGUUAUGAGCAAUGUUAAUAUAGACAGUCUCAGGUACGCACAAGCCACAGGGCCUAAGGCUUCAGCCAGGACCCCUAUUUCUUGCACACUACUAAUGAAUGCCAAACAAACUGUACAUCACCAUAGUGUUAGACUAUGCCACAGUCACAAUUCUACUGAAGACCCCAAGCCCAGAAAAUCAACAAGUGAUCAGACCGACUCAAACGCAAACACUUCCACCACCUUCCUGGAUGAUACAACCGUAACCCAGCUGACACAUACAGAUGCCCAAGGCCGAGCCACCAUGGUGGAUGUGGGGGGCAAAGUUCCUACGCGUCGCAAAGCAUCAGCAAGUGCCACUGUCCUGUUGGGCUCCAAAGCCUUUUCACUGCUUCAGGAAAAUCAGCUGGUUAAGGGUGAUGCAUUGGCUGUGGCACAGUUGGCCGGCAUCAUGGCCUCAAAGCAGACCUCCGCUCUCAUCCCUCUGUGUCACCCACUCCCAUUAGACCACGUCUCUGUCACCUUUGAGCUAGAUGAGCUGCAGAACAAGGCAAUCAUCACAGCAACGUGUCGCACUACAGGCAGGACAGGAGUCGAGAUGGAGGCUUUGACAGCCGCGUCUGUUGCUGCACUGACCAUCUAUGACAUGUGCAAAGCCGUGAGCCAUGACAUCAUCAUCACUGACAUUAAACUAAUCAGUAAGACAGGGGGGAAGAGGGACUUCCACCGCCAUCCUCACCUCUCCACCGACAACAAAUCAAAUGCAGCAAAAUGAGAAUGAAAGAGUUUUACAGACAAAAGCGUGCCAUCUUAUUUCACAUAUAAACACAUAAACGUUCUUUCAGAGCUUCACUAACAGUUUCUCAAGCUCUGACACAGAAAACUUGUUUGACUCUGCCAGUGUUUUUUCCCACUAUAUUCUAAACACUUGUACUGUCAUUUGAAGUCCUAUAUUAAUAUGAAUCAUGCAGUCUUAAGAGAUCAUGUUUACCUUAAUUUGACAAUGCCAUUUUUCCGAUUUUAAUAGCAUUUAUUUCAGUGUUAUACAGCAGAUUAUUUGCCAUGACACAAUGCAUCUGAUGAAUGUAACAUGAGGAGCUUUGCACUAAUUGCAGGCUUUUUGGACUUUUUUGUGUGCGUCUCUAGAGGGCAGUAUUACAUCUCUUGCAAAAUACUCUAUGGACAGUGUCAUCUUCACCACAACACUCAACAUGUUUAAUAUGUUGGUGUUGUAUUGGACUACUUGAAAUUUGGAGAUGCUGUCAUAUAUGGAAACCCUGUUAUUUACUUGAAAGUUGGCACUGAAAGAAGUUUCAGCCAAGUAGCUACAAAAAGUGUUUAUUUUCUGGAUGAAGUAGUACCUUACCUUUUUAAAUGCAUCUAGUUUUACAUUUUAUUAAUCAACAGAGUUAUGAAUGUUAACACUUUUUAAGUUAUUUCAUAUAUGUGAAAUGUAACUUCUCACAGAUGGUUCAUCCAUCUUUUUUGUUAGAUAUAAGACAGAUUUCACUCUAAAGUUGCACAUUGAAAUGAUUACACUUAAUUUGUUUGAUUCCUUCUACCUCCUGAAAACACUGGACUGAUACCACAGCGUAGGGAGAACAUGUUAAGAUUGAUUUGCCUCAAAAUAUCCACCUUCUACAAGAAUACCACCAUCUAUGGUGGAUAUGAAGACAUAAACUCAGUGCAAACCAAAAGUUGUCUUUUUUUUUUCCCUCUUCUCGUAAAAUGAUUACCUUAAAAUAAUUGUGUUAAGAUGGAAGUUGCUUUAUUUUUGUUGGUGCAAAAGUUGUCUAAAAUGUUUUAUAUAACUGAAAUACAAAGUGACUGACAUUUCAUGCAAACUAUGUAUUGUAAAUCUCUGCCACAUAAAUUUUGAG